AUGAGUUUGACAGAUCUGUGUUGGUCAUAACCGCUCAUUACAAAGCACUUUUCGAAUUUACCAUAGUUUUAUAAUAAAAUUCGUUUCAGUCUUGCAAGAUGGAUUGCCUUAUUGGAAUAAGAUGUAGAGAUUUCGUCAUGUUAGCAGCUGAUAUGACCAACGCUCAUAGCAUUAUGGUAAUGAAAACAGAUGAAAAUAAAUUGUUCAAACUGUCGAACAAAUUGGCACUAGCGAUAUCCGGAGAACAAGGCGAUUGUAUUCAAUUCGCUGAAUACAUUGCCAAAAAUAUUCAGCUAUAUAAAAUGAGAAAUACUUACGAACUGAGUCCUAGAGAAGCUUCUAAUUUCACUCGUAAAACAUUGGCGGAAACCCUAAGAAGCAGAAGUCCUUACCAUGUUAACCUCCUAAUGGGGGGAUAUGAUGACAAAUGUGGAACUCAACUUUUUUACAUGGACUAUCUAGCAUCUUGUGCAUCUUUAGAUUAUGCGGCUCACGGAUAUGGUGGCUAUUUUUCUAUAGCCAUUUUGGAUAGAAACUACAAGGAAAAUAUGACCAAAGAGGAAGCAUAUGACUUGAUGAAGAAAUGUGUGCAAGAAGUCCAUAAAAGAUUAAUUGUUAACCUUCCCAACUUUAAGGUCCAAAUUAUUGAUCAGAAUGGAAUUCAAGAUUUACCUAAUAUUUCCUCAAACAACUGAGUUUGUUAUAAAAUAUAUUUAUAAUUUCAUCAAUAAAAUUUCUUUUAAUUGUA